UGUCACCUAUAAACUAAUGCACUUCAGCCUGCUCAACCAGAGCCGGACUGACCACCCGCCUGGGGAGAGCCAUUUAGACUGCAUCACAGGUCUAUGUGUGUGUCCUGAGCUGAGAAUGUUUAUCUCUAGCAGUCUAGAUGGGACUGUGCAUAUUUGGAACGAGGAGAAUCGCCUCAUCAGGACACUCCAGCUGAGUGCAGAGCCUGAGUGCAUGGCUUACAGCGGGCUAAGAGCAGAAUUGUUCCUGGGCAUCAGAGGAGAUCUGUACAGGAUGAACUGUGCCAGGUUCCUGCCACACGACUACCAAGAAAUGCUCCAUUGUGCUCCUAAUUAUGAUCAUGUCAUCGACUUGCCUAUCCAGAUCAAGGCAAAGCGCAGUAAACAAAAGACUGCUGACAAAACUAUAAAAGAGAAAAACAGCAAAAACAUCAUAAUCACAGACAGAAACCCAUUAUUCAGUGAAAACAUGUGGAGACAGAAGGAAUAUGAGACCUUACUGGCACGGGACGAAGAUCUAGCUGCUCUCCUGCAAGGCACAGUAAUGUGCAAGAGAAGAAAGCCUCCCAGUACAGAGCAAACCCGGAAAGAGGCUUUUGGUCGCUACAUGAAAAUAGUAUAUGGCAUGCCUCACAACAUUAAGUUUGAUUUCGACGACAUGUUUGACCCAGACGAACUUGCAUUUUUUCCUGAACCACUUGACGAUGAAUGCUGUACUGCCGUAGACCUUAAUGGGAAACAAGACAAGCCCCAGACAGUUGAGACAAAGGAGGAGGAGCCAGUUCCAGCCCAGUGCAAUGUGGCAGACUUCAAAUCAAAGACAGUGCUGAUAGAAAAGUCAUGGCAUGAUUUAGUGCCACGCCAACCUUUUCCGAAGCAACCCCUCAGAGCAAAGGAUAAGCAGAUUUUGAAAGAGGAACCGCCUCAAAGGCUCCCCUCUCCAAGAGAGCAACCUGAACCCAAAAAACCUGCUCCACCUCCUUUUUCACCAAGGACCCCAGCACCAGUCCCACCGAGGACACCCACCCCAGAGAUGCCAGGGUUCCUCAAACAGUUUGCAGAGGAGGGCUGGUUCAGGGACAUAUAUCCAGAUCGCAGGAGUAUCCCAGCCACCUUAUCUCCAGAUGAUUUCUCCCUGCAACUACUAGACUAUCUAAACAAUUGCAGUGCCCCAUUCAAGAUCAAGAUCGUGGCUGUGCUCCAGGCACUUCACAGCCAGGGACUCCUAAAAAAAACAGACAUGUUUUACAAAGGUCUUAUUGACUCUGUGCCCAGACACAUCAGAGCUAACAUGUCCCCUGGGGAGCAAAGCCUAAUUAGUGAAAUACUCCACCUGUUGGUGUGUCUAAAAUCUGACAGCUGCGACCUUGUGAGGAGUCUUCUCACUCUUCUGGCAUAUAACAAAUAUCUCUGGAAGAAAGUCCUGAGCAUCCUGACAGAGAUAGGUGUGCAUGAGGCUGAGCAGUGGCUGUGUCCAGAGCUGGAGAGCUGGGACUCGGAGCUGCUGGACCAAUCUGAUGUGUGGAAGAGCCUGCAUGAGAGAGUGGAGUUCUGGCUGGAGUUAUGGACCUCCAAAUACAAAGAACACAGCAGGUGUCAGGACCUCAAGAGCCUCGCACAGCGGAAGCCUGUCACCUUCACGAUGGUUGAUGUGCUUAAUUACUUCUGCUCUACUCAAAAGGAGGAAUACAUAAAGUCCACACAUGUUGCACCCACUGGGCGCAAAGACACUGUGCUUCUGCCCCAGUUUGACUGCAGUUCUCAAGCAAUCCACCGUCUAGGAGAGAAUUAUAGCCUGGCUAGGAUACGCAGACCAACAGGUAUAUUUCUGCCUCCUCUGCGAAACCGUCCAUUUCUCAUGUGUUUUCCCAAAUUCAUCACCCUGCCCUUACCUCGGAUCAGUCUUCGUCCCUUCCAUAUCCACUCAGACCAGAGCUGGCCGAAGGCCUCGCCUCACCGUUACUUCAUUUUACAGCAGUCUUAUGUAGAGUACUACAGGUGAUGCCCACUUAUUGUGUUUCUCAUUCAUCCUUGAUAAG